AGGGCGAGAUUGAGAGCAAAAGUUUAUGCGGGCGGGCUGGGCCUCCGCCGAAGUGAACAUGAUUUGAUCAACGAAGUAUGUUCUACAAAUUUCGCUUUUCACUCUACAGAUUUCUUCCUCAUUUCUCUCGACCCGAGUUUCUCUUUUCUACUGAAUCCAACUCAAAAAACCCAAUAAACCCCACCUUGUUUUCGACAAAUGUGGAAGCGGCACUGGCAUCAAUUUUCCAAGCUUGUAAUCACCAUUCUCUUCUUCGUCAAGGUCAACAAUCUCACGCCCAGGCCAUUGCCAGUGGAAUUAGCCAAAAUGGUGAUAUGGGUCCAAGGAUUUUGGGUAUGUAUGUGCUUACUGGAAGCCUCAAGGAUGCUAAGAACGUGUUUUAUUCGCUUCAGUUGGGAUGUACUUCGGCUUGGAAUUGGAUGAUUAGGGGGUUUACUGUCAUGGGUUGGUUUAAUUAUGCCUUACUGUUUUAUUUUAAGAUGUUGGGUGCUGGAAUUUAUCCUGAUAAGUAUACAUUUCCUUAUGUGGUUAAAGCCUGUGGUGCUUUGAACAACGUGAAGAUGGGUAAGAUUGUUCAUGAGACUGUUAAUUUAAUGGGUCUUGAGAAGGAUGCCUUUGUGGGUAGUUCUUUAAUCAAGCUGUAUGCGGAGAAUGGUCGGUUAAGUGAUGCGCAGUAUCUGUUCGAUAAUAUUCCUCAGAAGGAUUGUGUUUUGUGGAAUGUUAUGCUGAAUGGUUAUGUGAAAAAUGGAGACUCGAGGAAUGCUAUUAAGAUCUUUUUGGAAAUGAGACAUGGUGAAAUUAAGCCCAAUUCGGUGACCUUUGCUUGUGUUUUAUCCGUUUGUGCCAUGGAGGCGAUGCUUGACUUAGGUACUCAACUUCAUGGGCUCGCUGUUACUUGUGGGCUGGAUUUGGAUUCUCCUGUGGCUAAUACAUUGUUGGCUAUGUAUUCGAAAUGCCGAUGUUUACAAGCUGCACGUAAACUGUUUGAUAUGAUGCCACAAAGUGACUUGGUAAGUUGGAACGGAAUAAUUUCUGGGUAUGUGCAGAAUGGGUUGAUGAGUGAGGCUGAGCAAUUGUUUCGUGGGAUGGUAUCUGCAGGAAUGAAGCCAGACUCGAUCACUUUUGCAAGUUUUCUUCCAUGUGUUACGGAGUUGUUUAGUCUCGAACAUUGUAAGGCAAUUCAUGGUUACAUAGUAAGACAUGCUGUAGUUUUGGAUGUGUUCUUGAAAAGUGCUCUAAUUGAUGUAUACUUCAAGUGCAGGGAUGUGGAAAUGGCACAAAAAAUUUUGCGUCAAAGUAGUUUGGUUGAUACUGUAGUGUGCACGGCCAUGAUUUCAGGAUACGUGCUUAAUGGGAUGAAUAUAGAAGCGUUGGAGGCAUUUAGAUGGUUGCUCCAAAAGAGAUUGAAGCCAACUUCUGUGACUUUUGCAAGUGUCUUUCCAGCUUUUGCUGGCUUGGCUGCUCUAAACUUAGGAAAGGAGUUGCAUUGUAGUAUCGUGAAAAAUAGGCUCGAUGUUAAAUGUCAUGUGGGCAGUGCUGUUCUGGACAUGUACGCAAAAUGUGGAAGAUUGGAUCUUGCUUGUCAAGUUUUUAACAGAAUGACUGAAAAGGAUGCUAUUUUCUGGAACUCCAUGAUCACAAGCUGUUCCCAGAACGGUAGACCGGGAGAGGCCAUCGAUCUUUUCCGUCAGAUGGGAAUGGAGGGAACUCAGUAUGACUGUGUGAGCAUAUCUGGUGCUCUAUCUGCCUGUGCAAACUUACCUGCUCUCCAUUAUGGAAAAGAGAUCCAUGGCUUCAUGAUUAAAGGCCCUCUAAGAUCUGACAUUUAUGCUGAAAGUUCACUGAUUGACAUGUAUGCUAAGUGUGGAAACUUGAAUUUCUCUCGGCGAGUGUUUGACAUGAUGCAAGGGAAAAAUGAAGUCUCUUGGAACAGCAUCAUUUCUGCCUAUGGCAACCAUGGUGAUUUGAAGGAGUGUCUUGCUUUGUUCCAUGAAAUGCUGAAAAACGGCAUACAGCCAGACCAUGUCACCUUUCUUGGUAUAAUAUCUGCUUGCGGCCAUGCUGGCCAAGUUGAUGAAGGAAUUAGAUAUUACCACCUCAUGACAGAAGACUAUGGGAUCCCAGCUCGAAUGGAGCACUAUGCCUGCAUGGCUGAUUUGUUUGGACGUGCAGGUCGUCUAGAUGAAGCAUUCGAAACCAUUAAAAGCAUGCCAUUCCCUCCAGAUGCUGGCGUAUGGGGGACACUACUCGGGGCCUGCCACGUUCAUGGAAACGUUGAGCUUGCUGAAGUGGCAUCGAAAUAUUUGUUUGAUUUAGACCCUCUAAACUCUGGGUACUAUGUAUUGCUUGCAAAUGUGCAGGCUGGCGCUGGAAAAUGGAAGAAGGUGCUUAAAGUACGUAGCAUAAUGAAAGAACGAGGAGUUCGGAAGGUUCCCGGUUAUAGCUGGAUUGAGGUCAACAAUGCCACCCAUAUGUUCGUCGCUGCAGAUGGAAGCCAUCCCCUCACUGCUCAGAUCUACUCUGUGCUGGAUAGUCUCCUUUUAGAACUGAGAAAAGAAGGCAUAGCUGGUACCAGAUGGAUGUUCUUAUCUAAUUUACUCUCAAAUUAAUAAAAAUGGUCAAUCUGGUUAAAGAAGCUGACUCCGACCUAGAAGUCAUGAGUUCGAAACUCUAUCCUAUAUCUUGUACUUAGAAGGGGAAAAAAAAUCUCUGAAGAAUUCAAUGGUACAAUAGGUGGGAUAUAUGAAGUUCGAACUCACAAUUGUUUGGUCGGAUGUAUAUGCCCUAACUAAUUCAGUUAUGCUAAGGUUGACGGUUAUAAGAUAAGAUUGAAGGCGAAAAAAAUAUUUCCUUAA